AAAGUUGGAAGUUCCAGACGUGUACGGACGAAAGCGCAGUGGAUUGGUCAUGUAUGGAAUUCGGCAACGCGGUUAUUUGUUUUCAAACGUUUAUGUUGCCGUUCAGACUUGACGAUAACGUGACUGGUCUCGAUUGCGGCUGUUUCAACAUCUAUCCAUCGGCCAGUCGAUCGUGUGAACUGUCCAACCGAGUAGUGAUUGCGGAUUAGACACAGAGACUUUUGUUUUCUUUUUCUGUUUUUUGGUGGAAAGUUGAUCGAGAGAGAAACGGGAAAGUUUUGCGAUACGAGAAUGCAUGCUAGGCUGACUGAAGAGAACGAGCCGGACCCGCUGGAUGUCUUUUGCGAUCUCGGUACACUCAUUUUAGAGGCUCGAGUGCCAGGCCGCGGAGAUAGCGGGCGCGGCUACGGAGAGGGCCCUCAUUGCCCACCUUAUUUCAGUCAUGCCCAAAUCAGUAGUAACAACAAUAAUAAUAACAACAACCACAACAUUCAUCACAGCAAUAAUGGGAGCAGGCCAGGACACCAUGUUUGCACACCUGACAAGCUUGAGUGUCAACGUUUUCAGCAUCUACGAAAACACGCUUGCCUCCUGGGCAAAAAUGGAGUGCCAUUGUGUGUGGAGGUUUUGGUGGGGCCCGAAUGCAGUCACGGUUCGCAGCGAGCCAAACAAGUUGAAGUAACCUGCACGCCCCAUCCAGACUUUCUCCUGCUGGAACGUUGGACUGUCACGUGUUCGCCCAAAAAAGAUGGGGAAGCAAGCAUUGCCGGCAUCUGUUUGGUCCAGGCCGUCCGCUCCUUUCUCCAUUUUUCGCAGCUGAGUGCCUGGUUGAACAAGAGCAGCGGAUCUCGGCCUCAGCAGCUGCUCUAUCGAGUGACAAUGCCCGGAGAGGCUUUCGCCUCCAAAUUCGGAUCCCAACCAGUCGACCAUCACUUCCCUUUGGCACAUGUUGGGCGGCUCGGCACACAUGCAAUCAAAGUUUCCGUAAGCUCGCUGCCUCGGACGGAUGUAAUUCCACAUGUUCAUUGUGGAAAGUGUCGUUUUAUCACACCCAAACAGAAUGCGGAUGUGGGCCAACGACAGUUGCAACGAAAACAGGACAGCAGCAGUUGUCUGGGCGAAGGUCUUCUCGACAUGCCUCCAGCGCAAUUACGUCUCCAGCGCCUCCAGCGCUCCCGUUCGCGAUCCAGUUCACCGUCUUUCGAAUCCAUCAGACUUCUCCAUCCGGCAUACAGGGCCCAACCACCACCACAGCCGCCCUCUAAUGGAAGUACAAAGAAACUACUGGACGAUCGGAUGCGAAUCAACUGUAAUCGAAUCGGGAAACAUGAUUGCAAAUGUGAAAAAGAGGACGACGUACUCGAUUUGAAAUUGCCGGCGGGUCACGGUGAUCGGUGGGGCCAUGAUUUGGAGCGUGGAAGGCGUGGACUGGAUCGUGAGCCCGCAGUUGGGCCGGUUGAGCGAGGUCGAAGUCGACGAUCUCGGAAAGACUGUUUCGCUGACAAAUUACUGAGCGAAGCGGAGUCAAAAGAACCGGAAAUGGCUCCAGUUCUUCAGGCAGGAAAGAAUGUGCCAACAACGGAUGACAAACUGCGCUUUCAGCGGUCGCUUAACUCUGCGGCUUCUUUGCUGUUCCAUACUACGACGUGUACCUCCGGAACUGAUUCCAAAACUCCUCGACUAGGCCAACGUUUUCCGCUCAACAAAUUCCUCCGCUCACCACCACUUCGCAUGUCGUCAUCCCCUCUCCUUGGUAGCUUCGAGGAAUGUUUGUUGAACGGACGACUCGAACCCAUGUCUACCGUAGAAGGAUUCGGCGCUGAGCUAGGAGCUAGUGGAUCUUUUUGCCCGUCUCACGAAUUGCUCCCAGUCAGCGUUUUCUUCUACAACAUUGGCGGAUUCGAAUCGGAUAAAUCAGGCUCUCCAUAUCUGGCACAUCUAAAUCUUGGUGCCAAAGGAUAUCAAGUACCCAGAAGGGGAACUGUGCAGCUGACUCUCUUCAAUCCACAGGGAACGGUUGUGAAGAUGUUCGUUAUUCUCUUUGACCUCACAGAGAUGCCUCCAAAUUCAGAGACAUUUCUCCGCCAGCGGACCUUUUAUAUGCCAUCACACGAAACGGACGCUUCUCCUGUUUCUGCCAAAUGGCUCCGCUACCUCAUUCAUCUCAGGUUUCGCAGUUCAAAAUCCGGUCGAAUCCACUUGCACACAGACAUCCGAAUGAUUGUGUUGCGCAAGUCGGAUGUCGAUACGGCUUCGGCACACAUUGCCGAAAGCUCCUACGAGUGGAAAUCUUUCACACGCGGCCCGUCCAGCCCACGCUUCUCCAGCCGCUAAGAAGUUAUUACGAGAAAUAUUGUCUCCUACAAAAAUGGAAAAAGAAACAAAAAAAAAAAAACUAUCGCAAAAAAAAUUAUGUCAUGCAAAAAUUGAAAUCGUCGUAAAGAUUUUUCUGCAACGUUUUGUGCGUGUUUCGGUCAGCUGUGAUAUCUUGUCUCGGGUGGCUGCGAGACCAAAUUUUUUUUUUUCUCUCCUUCUUGUGGCUAACUGGACUCUCUUGUCUUUCACGUUGUUUCCCUGUUGUUGUAAUUAAUACCUUUCCGUCGCUCGUCAAGACGAAUUCUAUAUUUAGAGAAAAUGAAGAUUUUUAUCGUUUAUAAUGUGGAAGGGCGGGACGACGGAUAAGAAGACAAAAAAGCCUUUGUAUUCUUCGCCCCCUUCUCUCGUCUUUCUGUCUGGUGGAUGUCUGUUUCUUUGAGUAGAAAUCGAACUAGUUUGGGGGAAAAAAGUAAGCAAUGUCUACGUAGCUGUUUGGCUAGUCACUCUUCUUUCUUUUCUCAAAUCUAUCGCGUCAAAAGAAUUCGGUUUGAGUUUGACUUUGAUGCGAUACGCCCUUUUUCUUCUCUUUUACUGCGCUUUCUUUUCGGUUACGUCUGAUUUUUCCCCUCUAUUGAAACGUGUGGGUAAUUUUACUUUAAGGGAAAAAAAAAAAAAAAAAAAAUGUAAAAUGUGGACUAUACACACUAGAAUGUUUAAAAAUUCUGA